AUUACUAAGGUCGAUCGAUACCUUAUACAUGAAUACCCAGCACAUCUUAUACUGAACCUCUCGCCAACUUCAUCUCAUUCUUCAGCGUUUUCAUCACAUUGAAUCUCAUUUCUCAUUUUCUCCAAAGUUAUUUAAUCAGGCAUAGCCUCGGAAUCGAUAAUCUGACUCGUCACUAUGGGUGGUCAUAUUGAUUUGUACCUCGACAUCGCAUCGUUGUACAGCUACAUAGCACUUAUCCAAGCCAUAAAAACUCAAGAUCUUUUAAAGCAGCACUCCGUAGAAAUCGACAUCCAUCCGUUCUUCCUAGGCGCCGUAAAUGCCGGCUCCGGCAACAAACCCCCCUGGACCCUCCCCGCCAAAGCCGUCUACGGGGUGCACGACAGCCGGCGCUCACUGCACGCCGUCGGGCUAUCCAAUGUCUCGCCACCGGGGGACCUAAUGCAAGCAGGCCGGACCAUGGUCCCGCUUCGCGCGCUCCUCUACAUCAAAGCGCAUUUCCCGGCCGCGACAUACCUCGCGACAUGGCGGGCCCUGUUCCACGCGUUCUGGACGCUGCACCAGCCGCCCAUCACGCCCGAGACUUUGGAAGACACGCUCUCGAGCAUCCCCGCCAACACCAAUGUCGCUAGUUCUUCUCCCCCCGAGACUUUGCGGAAGGGACAGGACGGCGAAAGACUGUUCUCGGCCUCAGAGGUCGCGGAGAUCCUGCGGGCGGAGAAGUCCGCCGAGUACAAGAACACGCUCCGGGAGACGACGCAGAGAGCGCUGGACCAGGGCGCGUUCGGCGCCCCGUGGCUGUGGGUUGCGAACGCGGCGACGGGGGCGAGCGAGCCUUUCUUCGGUAGCGAUAGGUGGAGUCACGUGUAUGCUUUCCUUGGGCUGCCGUAUCAAGAUGUUGAGCUAUUGCCGCCCGGGGCUGCAAAGGGUUCGGAAGCAAAACUCUGAUUUCAGAAUUGAGAUAGGGGGGAUUCCUAGGUUGUGACCAAAAUAGUAUUUCCGUAGGGAGCAUUUUGCAGGGUAUGUAUGUAUGUAUGUAGGUCAGGUACCUAUAUAUAUAUAUACAUGUGAAAGUAUGAAGACAUCAAAUGUGCGGCCGCAAUAUUCAUCUAUUAGGUAAUCAAUAUGUACGCUAUAUCGUGAAUCUUUAUCGAAGAAGCAUUAGGUAGGCAGUUUUUAUCCUACGGAUAUAUACUUUCGUGAAUAGUCGUAAA